AUGCAGUUCAGUAAGAUACGCUUCCACAACGUCAGCGAGAAAGCCCAAAACCGCGUUGUUUUUUCCAGACACGCAGGUCAAGGAGUGCAACGUGUGGGCAUGGCAGCUCCUUGGGUAGAAGCAUUCCCCCAAACGUGUCGCCCAUUUCUCGAUGAGCUGGACACACAUAUGGGCUUUUCUCUUUCAAAGCUCAUAGCUGAAGGACCCAACUCUACUCUCAUCGCCACGCCAAAUGCACAACCCGCCAUCAUGGGCACUAGUGUUAUGAUUCUUCGUGUGCUCGAGCAAGAAUACGGCUUCAAAACGUCUGAAAAGGUGGACGUGUGCUUAGGGCACUCGCUGGGGGAAUUUGCUGCCCUUGUUGCUGCACAACACCUCCAAUACGCGGAUGCUGUGAAGUUACUGCGAAAACGAGCAGAGCAAAUGGCACGAUGCAGUGUAGAAGCAAGCAAGGAAUCUGACGGUGCAGAGUACGGCAUGGUUGCGUUGGUAUGCGAGCCAAAUAGACUCGGGAGUCUUAUGGAUGCAAUCAACGAGUUCCUGGGCUAUGCAGCUUCGGAAGGUGGAGAAUAUGAUCUUACCAGCAACACAGCACCAAUCGAUCAGGUGCUGGUGGGAAACGUAAACAGCAAAAAUCAGAUCGUUCUCAGUGGGAACAUCGGCAAAAUCAACGCACUGCUAGUGCAACUCAGACAGUUCGGAGGACACGAUCCAAGACAUGUCAGACUGGCAACAGAUUCGCCCUUUCAUUCACCCAUCAUGGCUCCGGCGGCGAGAUUCAUGGAAGAAGCGCUUCAAAGGAUGGAUGUGACAUUCCCAGGCGCCUUUCCAGUAAUUAGUAAUGUCAGUGCUCGACCGUUCGGAAGUGCAGCGAGUCUUCGCGCGCUCCUGUCCCGGCAAUGUGUGGAAACGGUCAGGUGGUGGGACAGCAUCCGAUAUCUGGAUCAAGAACAAGGCGUUCGGAGGUGGAUCGGGCUUGGACCUGGCAAGGUCGGAAGAAACCUUGUUGGUAAAGAAGUGGAUUUGCCUGUGGCCAAUGAGAACACUUCCGAUAAGCCAGGACAAAAACGGACUAGCUGGAAGGAAGUCAGAAUACCUCAUCGAACAUCCCGACUUUAUGCGCCACAACAGUUCAUAACUCUUGAUCCCACCACGGACUACACUCCUCCAAUCCAUACCUUCGACUACAGAUCAUCAUGCUUUCUUCGACAAGAUCUACAGCAGCAUUGGCUUUGCGAGGUGCGUACCUCCUUCCAGCCCUUGCCAUUAAGGACUAACCAAUAUCUUGACAGCAAAACCCUCAUCUGCACUCCUUCCUCUCCGUGCUGGUCCAUCAGCAUUCAUAUCCUCCUCAUCCUCCAAAUCACAAGCCACAUCUACAGAAGUCACACCGUCACAGAAUGCGCAAGGACCGCCACUCAGCGUCACCGGCAAGCCGCGGCGAGAAGUGCCAUUACCAAGUCAAGAGAAGAAAGAAGGGGUAAUGCAAUAUGCCCUGUACGGUCUAUCAACUUACCCAUUUGA